AUGCGGAGAAUCAGGAAUGCAGACAGAGCUAGGGCGUACCCCGCAGGAGACGCGUCGGAUGACCGCCGUGAUCCGGCGACAAAUGGGCAACGGCUACCGUAUCAAGAGCGGAUACGGCUAAAGAAGCAAGCUCAGAGGAAGAAGAAGAGAGAGGCACGGAGAACCACCAGGAAACUACGAAUCGGCACACUCAAUGUGGGAACGAUGACUGGUAGAGGAAAGGAGACUGUUGACAUGAUGGAAAGACGGAGUAUCAACAUCCUAUGCGUACAGGAGACCAAGUGGAAAGGAGCGAAGGCCAGAGAAAUGGGUAAUGGGUACAAGAUGUACUACGUAGGACACGACACUAGAAGGACUGGCUCAUUCUAG